ACCGCCGUGAGUCAUUUCCUUGGAAUCCUACCUUUGGUGUUUAUUUCCCUUAGAAGGAAACUUGGUUUAAAAAAAAAAAAAAAAAGAAGAAAAGAAAGAGUAAUCAUAGCUCUUAUUCUUCAGGAGAGGCGCACGGCUCCAACACCGUGGAAAGACAACUUGCCUUUGUUCCCAGACACUUGGGGUGGUGUUUACUUUCUCCCGCGGCCAACGGCUGGCGGAGCUCUGCCGGCUUUUCCCCCUGAGGGGCUUGGGCUAGGGCCCCCGACCCCCGGGGUGUGUCACUGUGGGAACUCGGACGUCGGCUGCUGCCCGCCUGCAGGGGGUGGGUCUCCAAACCUCAGACCCCCAGUCUUGGGCGUGGGAUGGGGAGACCUGACGCCCCGGGCAGGGCUUGGACCCCCACCCUCAUCCCCUUCUGGUUUGGCACCCCCGUUUCCCAACCCCAGGAUCCGACCUAAAUCUCUUGGCCUUUCAGAGCUGCAGCUGAGAAAUGUAUCUCCCAGGGCAGACAGGUGUACUGCAGGGACUGGUAGAAAAGCGACAUCUGCCUAUAUGGAAGGGUUGAAAGAUUUUAUUCCACUCACCCAGACCCUGCCACCACCAAGCCAAGCUGUUGAUAGCUUGUUAGGGACAAUGUCAGAUCAAGGGCUUGAUUCCACCUGGGCAGGAUAUCUAAGACUGACAACUUCAAAGAUAUAUUGAAAAUACCAGCUCUUUAUUUCCGUGCUUUUCAGUAUUGGAGUUAGACCUCUGAACUGCUCUGAUGCUCUUAAUAAAAUGUUUUCCAAUGAUGGAUGAGAGGGAUGGGGUGGGCAAAGAAUGACUGAGAUCCCCUGUUGGAUGGCAGGCAUCACUGAAUCUGCAGCUACCCUGUUCUCUGUGCCAGCCACUACUAUUAGCAUCAUAAUGGCUCCAAGGAGAGAAGCAGCCCAACUCAUCUGGAAGAACCAUAGUGUGUAAAACCGCCUGGUAACUUUACUGUGAACAUUUGCUGGCAAAACUUGACACUUUAGCCCUCAGCCUUUGGGGAAUGCUUGAGGUGUCAUUCUGCUACCUUCCCUUGGCUGACAAAACAGACAUGAGGAGCCUGAGGAGAAAAGAUUAAGGGCUUUCUAGUUUUUGUUUUUUAAACCCUCUUAUAGACAAAACAUACUUUAAUACCUUUCUUUUGCAUCCACUCACCUCUGAUGUUAGAAAAACAAAAUUAUCAUAAAUGUGCAUCUCUCUGACUGUAUCUAGUAUUCACAGCUCAUAAAUUUGUGAAUUUAAACUUCUGAACUCAGUAGCAGAAUUACAGUGUAAAUCUCAUUGUACUGAGGGAAAAAAUGACAGUUCGGAUGUGUACACAAAAUACAAAUAAAACGAUCAUGCAAUAUCAUGGCUUAGUGCCCCAUUCUCCAAUUCUUCAUGAACAUUGAACUUGCCUCCUUAAUCUGCUAACAUCCCAGUGAGUUCUAAAUAGACUAGGAAGACUCAACUGCAAAAUCUCCUCCCUGCUCCCAAAUAAUUCCAACUUAUUUAUAUUUUAUUCAGACAUAUAAAGUACUUGUGGAAUUCAGCCUCUCCAAUUGAGGAUUUUGUGUGUAAAAGUUUCCCAUUCAAAAAAAAAAAACUUACUGAAACUAGAUAGUAUAAAAGGAAGAAACAGCCAAGAUAAAAACUAUUAUGCCAUGAUUCAAGCUCAAAUGCAUAAGAAUAGAAUUUCAUGUGCCGGAAACAAUACUAACAAAAAGAAACACUGAAAUCCUUAACCAAAAAACUAUACGAGGAUAAGUCAUUAAAAUAUAAACAAACCCCUACUAACAUAAAACGGCGCAGGGCCCAUAUAAUGUCCUAUUAAACAGGUAAUUGCUGCUAGGGGCCUGCAAAUGUUUCUCUUGUCUUACCGGGUAUGGAUUUGUCAACCUGCUUUAGUUUAUAUGUAAUAAAAUUUCCACAUAGGCAAAAAACGUGGAUCUUAUUUCCAGAAUCCAACACAAAAGUGAGUGUAAAUUUCGAGUGAGAAAAUAGCAGUUGCAGUCAAUGAGACAUGGUUAUGGACUCAGAAAAAGCUCUAUCAUUCUUCUGCUCCUGGCAGAAGCACUUCCUGAUAACAAUUGUCUCUUAGAAUAGGGUAACAAAUUGGACCAUUUCAUGAGAGUCUUCCAGGGAACAGAUCAUCAUGAGGCUUGAUACCUUGUUUGGAUGCUGAGUUUGAGCAUCCGUUCUAUUGCGUGAUAGAAUGGCUUAGUUUGUGAAAUCAGUGUGGUCUAAAUUUCUUGAUUGAUGACUCAAAGAACAGAAUAAAUGGCAUGUCUGACCAUUUCUUUUUACAGAACUUUUUUUUUUUUCUUGAAAUAAGGUUUUCCAACAAGUCCUUGCUGCCACUUUUAAAAGAAAAGGGUUAGGUGGAUCAGACAGGGAGGCCUGGCUCGCUGCAGUCCAUGGGUCGCAAAAAGUCGGAACUGACUGGGCGACUGAACAACAACAAAGGUGGUUUAGCAGCCCAGAUCAGCUGGGUCCUCAUCGUCGACCCUGACCUGGACAUCUCCCCUGUAUGUCAGAAGGCCGGGCUUCCUUCAGUGAGGUUGGGAAAGAAUUUCGGGUCUCAGAGAGAAACCUGGGUGAUGGAUGGAGUCACUGCUUCCAAGAGCUUCUCGGAUAGCCAGGACAUUUCCACUUAAGCUAUUUCCCCUUCCCCUGAUGCCCUUCCUCCUUUACCUGGAAGUGGACCCUUGUUUUAACAUGUAGGUAAUAAUAGUCUCCUACAAGACAAUAGUAGAUUACCCUUACCCCCCAAACAUUACAAACUAUAAUUUGGAGAAGAAAGCAAGAAGUAGACCCUUAGUGUCUUUCAAACAAAUCAGUCUUCAAGAGAGCAGACCUUGACAUCACUCUUUGUGACAGUUCUUUAAACGGCAAAGUGAGAUAGUGGAUGUUUGGGUCUCAAAGGAAUCGGGAGGUUAAUAAGGCACUGAGGCUGCUUGGCUGUCACCCCAAUCUCUGGCCCCGAGUGUUUGGGCUGCUUCCCCCUUGCACUCACUCUGGACCCCACCUCAAGCCCUACUUCGGACCAGGUACAGACACUGAACCCCCAGGGGAACAGCCCUAGCACCCCAGGUGCAGAGCAGCCCAGGGCCCACCUUAAGAGCAGAGAGGCCUCCCAGCCUCCCCGCAGGCCCCGGGGAGGGGCGUGAAGUGCACCGGAGGGCAGUGGUGUCCUGCCUCCUGGAAAGUUUCUGCCUUGCGUGGAGCUUCGCUGUGCAGAGUUGUCGGCUGCCUCUGGCCCCGGAGCCCUGGCUCCUGUUUAAUAUUCCGCCUGCUCCGUGGAUGUUGUGCUUGGCUCCUGUGGGACUGCAACUCACGGCUGGAAACUGGAGCCAAUUUUCUGUCUUCAUCUCUCAGUGUUUUGACUGGAGGCAGAUCCAGUUCAGGCCGAUCAGGGCUGGUGGAAACAACUACCAAGUGUGUCUCUAUCUGCUUCGCUUUGGGAGAAGAAAGUGGAGGGAGCCCCAACAUGUUGUAGGGGAACUGGCCCUGCGGAAACUGAGGAAGAGGGGGCCACGGGCACGUGGAACAGACCAAAUCUGAGAGCGUCAGAUGGAAUUCCGAUCUGAGGCUGUCAGAGAUGACUCUGGUUCUGUCCAUGAAUAGAUUCUGCGAGCCCAUUGUCUCGGAAGGAGCUGCUGAAAUUGCUGGGUACCAGACACUAUGGGAGGCUGACAGCUACGGAGGCCUGAGCCCCCCGGGGCCAGCCCAGGCUCCCCUGCAGGGAGACCGGGGAGCCGGUCCCCCACUGGCAGGAUCACAUUACAGGGGAAUUUCAAAUCCUAUAACAACAUCCAAGAUCACAUACUUUAAGAGGAAGUAUGUGGAAGAAGAGGAUUUUCACCCACCACUCAGCAGCUGUAGCCAUAAAACCAUCUCAAUCUUUGAGGAGCGAGCCCACAUCCUUUAUAUGUCCUUAGAAAAGCUAAAGUUUAUCGAUGAUCCUGAAGUGUACCUCCGAAGAUCUGUCCUUAUAAACAAUCUGAUGAAAAGGAUCCAUGGAGAAAUUAUCAUGCAGAAUAACUGGUGCUUUCCUGCCUGCUCUUUCAAUGGCACCUCUGCCCAGGAGUGGUUUAUGGCUCAAGACUGUCCUUACCGGAAACGACCUCGGAUGGCCAAAGAGGAGUGUGAAAAGUUUCAUGCCUGCUGCUUGUACCAGGAAUGUGGUGGUCACUACCUAAAUUUACCCCUCUCGGUCAACGCUAAUGUCGGAAGUGCCUCCACCUCUGCCUCCUCUUCCUCCCCCUCCGCGUCUUCCUCUUCCUCUCCCCCUCUGCCUUUACCGAGCUGUUCCCACCAGGUGGAUUUUGAUAUAGGCAGCGCACCUGUUUACAAGGGUGAUAGCCAGAUACCCGCCAGUGAAAUCUUUGUUACUAACGUCCGGUCACUUGGUGUUCAGGAAAAGGCCAAAUUAAAUGAUGAGAAAGUAAAUGAUGACACCAACAGGGAUGGUGGCCCCCUGAGCCAUGGACCUGUGGGCAAUGACCUUGCUUUUGAGGGCAAAGGCCAAUUUUAUGAUUAUUUUGAGACUGGAUAUAAUGAAAAAAGCAGUGUAAGUGAGUCUUGGAAAAAGUCCUUGAGGAAAAAGGAGCCUUCACCAAGUAACAAGCUGUGCUGCAGCAAAGGAAGUAAAAUAUGAGCCAUCUUCUCACGCAAACUUUGAAGCAUGCACAGCAUGAUCAGUUAGCUCUCAUAAAUUUUAUUUUGAAUGGAUUUUAUAGUUUUGUACAACUGAUACAAUUAUGCCAUGAACAUGCCAUGUCGUUUAAAUGCCUGGAGAGCAGAUUGCAUAAAACAUCUGUAUUGUAGGCAUCGGCGAGCUACUCAUAAAUGUGGUGACGUUACCAAGACGACAGUUGACUUAACACUUCAACGUAUAUCUUAGUUUUCUUACCGAGAAGAUCAGCAGAUUAGACUGGGGGACAGCAUGCCCUUGUGCUAUUUCCACGACCUGCAAGGAGCCUGUCACUAGCGAUGAACCUUCCACCUGUUUGCCAGUUAAUUAGGUAGUUAUUUGGUAAGCAAAUCGAUAUAACCAGCAAAGGAGGUCUGCUGCGUCUCUAUGAUACAGUAUUUUUUUUCUGAAUAAAAGACUGAGGACAGGGGGCUAGGAGAAAUGGCUUCCUGGUACUGUUAAAUAUUUGGAUUCAACCGUCUUGUGUGACAGAUGAAAUAGGAUAGGAGGUAAUGAAACAGCUGACUAGGGGCAACAAUCAACGAUACAAGUAGAGGGUGGUUCCUGCCAGUCCCUGGCUUGCCUGUGAUGGGUGACGAGGCUUUUAGAAAGGUGUUAUACAGGGCGAUUUUUGGUGCCUUACUUUAUCUUAAUUUUUGCCAAUGUGAAAAUUAAGGAUAAAUCAGAGUACAGCAGGGAUUUAACAAACAGGAAAAAAAAAAUUACAAACAGGGUGGAUCAAUAUUGUUUGGAAAUCUUUAACGUCGAACUAUUGCGUUCAACUUUUGAUUCAACAUCUCUAUUCUUCCUUUAUUUUUUGAUGCCCAAUUGCUUUUGGAUUUGGCAUUUUUAGAAAGGGAUGGAGGAAACAAUAGAGAGAGCUGUUAGGGACCAGCACUAGCUGCUCAAGCUUUUCUAUGGCAACGGUCUGUUGCUGGGGUUUGGGUUUUCUGGGUUUUGGGUUGUUUUGUUUUCUUGUCCAAUGAAGUUCAUGAACCAGUAGCAUGCAUCAUACUUUAAUCUGUUUUGCAUCAUUUCACUCGUUUAGAUUAUAAAAGCAUGUGGUUUUUUAUAUAUGACUUUUGCUGUUGAUUACGAAGCACAAUGUUAAUACAUGAUGUGGUGAUCAAUAAGGUUUUAUCUUAAAGAAUGUAAAGAUUUUCGUUUGGGGAAAGUUAUUUUGGAGAAAUGGGACUCAGUCGGCAAAAGCUCCUAUGUAUUUGGCCAACAUUUUUCUCAGUCGUUUUUUUUCAUGUGUACAUUGGCAAGAGUGUUCAGAGGGGCCCCUCUGACCAUCCUUCCUUCCACGCCAGCCAAUUCCUCCUGCUAAACUCUAUUCCCAUUUCCAAGGUUACUGACUGACUUGGGCCUCCUUACACAAUACUUCACAGGAACCAAAUUCCAAAUGGAGGAAAUAAGUAAGUCCUCCCAGUUUCUCCAAGAUAAAGCUUUUUUUUAUUAUUGCUAUUAAUAUUAAAUAUAGGUCUCAUUCAUACAGUGUAUGAGUAGGAUCGUCAUUUGGACAAUGUCCACAAGGACCAAUUUUUAAAACCCGUUCUUGUGUUAUGGCUGAAUAGUCUAGUGAUGUUUUGUCCUUUAUUUUCAAUAUUUGAUAAACAUUUGAUGUUGAAAACUUAGAUGAUAGAUGCUUGUAUAUGAAUGUGUUGUAAUAAAGUGAGGUUUUCUGGAUAUAUAUUUAUUAAAAUGAUCAAAAUUCA